UCCACGCUGGCCUUCGUGUUCGAUGUGACCGGCUCCAUGUACGACGACCUGGUGCAAGUGAUCGAGGGCGCAUCCAAGAUCCUGGAGACGUCGCUGAAGAGACCCAAGCGGCCGCUGUACAACUUCGCGCUGGUGCCUUUCCACGACCCAGAAAUUGGUCCAGUGACAAUAACCACAGAUCCCAAGAAAUUUCAAUUUGAACUCAGGGAGCUUUAUGUUCAGGGUGGUGGAGACUGCCCAGAGAUGAGCAUUGGGGCAAUAAAGAUUGCUCUGGAAAUUUCCCUGCCUGGUUCCUUCAUCUAUGUCUUUACUGAUGCCAGAUCCAAGGAUUACAGGCUGACCCACGAGGUGCUUCAGCUCAUCCAGCAGAAACAGUCACAGGUGGUGUUUGUGCUGACUGGGGACUGUGAUGACAGGGAGCACGUUGGCUACAAGGUCUAUGAAGAGAUUGCCUCCACCAGCUCUGGUCAGGUUUUCCAUUUGGACAAAAAGCAAGUGAAUGAGGUGUUAAAAUGGGUUGAAGAAGCAGUUCAAGCCUCCAAAGUGCACCUCUUGUCUACAGACCAUUUGUCCAUGGCUGUAAAUACUUGGCAGAUCCCUUUUGAUCCCAGCCUGAAAGAGGUCACAGUGUCCUUGAGUGGUCCUUCACCAGCAAUCGAGAUCCAUGAUCCUUUAGGCAAGCGGCGCAGUAAAGGAUCAGGGCUGAAUGAAUUGCUGAAUAUCCACAACUCUGCUAAGGUAGUAAAUGUCAAAGAUCCAGAGCCUGGAACAUGGACAAUUAAGACCUCAAGCAGUGGGAGGCACUCUGUCCGGAUCACAGGGCUCAGCACCAUCGACUUCCGAGCUGGCUUCUCCAGGAAGCCAACACUGGACUUCAAAAAGACAUCCAGCAGACCAGUGCAAGGGAUUCCUACCUUUGUGCUGCUCAAUACCACGGGGAUCCUGCUGCCAGCCAGAGUAGACCGACUGGAACUGCUGAGCAUUACAGGGGAACUCCUCAAGACCUUGCCUGUGAAAUACUACCCUGACAGAAAGCCCUAUGGACUCUGGAAUAUUUCUGACUUCAUUCCACCAGAUGAAGCUUUUUUUGUCAAAAUAACAGGCUAUGACAAGGAUGAUUAUCUUUUUCAGAGGGUUUCAAGUGUCUCAUUUUCUAGCAUUACUCCUGAUGCUCCAAAAGUUACAAUGCCCAUGAAGACUCCAGGAUAUUAUUUACAGCCAGGCUCUGUUCCUUGCCAUGUGGAAAGUCUUAUACCUUUUACUCAGCGUUUUACUAGAAAUGGAGUAAAACUGGGAGUGGAUCAGUUCUUCAAGGAAUCCUCCAGCAUGAGCUGGGACAUUGCCCAGGUGGCCGUGUCUGACGAGGGCUUUUACGAGUGCGUGGCCUCCAGCAGCGCGGGGACGGGGCGUGCACAGACCUUCCUGGACGUGUCAGGUGGGUCCCAGCACACCCUCCUGCUGGGCAGAACUGGGCUGGGACCCCUCAGAGAGCAGCCAACAAAAUACAUGCCCAGUUUGAGUGUUGUACCAAUUACAUGUUUGCUUGACCAACCACCGAGGCUUGUUGUUUCCCCCAAGAACCAGACUUUUACAGAAGGCUCUGAGGUGUCUAUCAGGUGUUCUGCAACAGGCCAUCCAAAGCCAACAGUCGUGUGGACACACAAUGAUAUGUUUAUCGUUGGCUCAAGCAGGUAUAGACUGACCCCAGAAGGCACCUUAAUCAUCAGGAAGGCAAUUCCCAAAGAUGCAGGAAUUUAUGGCUGCUUGGCAAGUAACUCAGCUGGGACAGACAGACAGACAUCCACCCUCACAUACAUUGAGGGUCCAACAUUGACUGUGGUUCAGAGUGAAAUUCUGGUUGGUCUUGGAGACACGACUAUUAUGGAAUGUAAAACAACUGGAAUCCCAGCCCCCCAAGUUAAAUGGUUUAAAGGUGACUUAGAGUUGAGGGCAUCAGCAUUUCUCAUUAUUGAUCCUCCCCGGGGUCUCUUGAGGAUCCAGGAAACACAGGAGCUGGAUGCUGGUGACUACACCUGUGUGGCCUCCAACGCUGCUGGGAGAGCCUCUGGCAAGAUCACUCUGGAUGUUGGCUCUCCCCCCGUUUUCACGCAGGAGCCCAGCGAUGAAUCCGCGGAUCUGGGCUCCAACCUGACCCUGCCCUGCUACGUGCAGGGUUACCCCGAGCCCAGGGUCUCCUGGAGGAGGCUGGAUGGGGCUCCCCUGUUCUCCAGGCCCUUCACUACCAGUGCCACCAGCCAGCUCAGGACAGGGGCUCUGGCCUUUCACAAUCUGUGGGUCAGUGAUGAGGGCAUUUACGUCUGUGAAGCUGAGAACCAGUUUGGGAGGAUCCAGUCCCGCCCAGCCACGGUCACAGUGACAGGACUGGUCACACCUCUGAUUGGAGCAAGCCCAGCCACAGCCAAUGUCCUUGAGGGCCAGCAGCUCACUUUGCCAUGUGUUCUGCUUGCUGGGAACCCCAUUCCAGACAGGAGAUGGAUUAAAAACAGUGUGGUGCUGGUGCCCAACCCGUACGUGAGCGUGCGGAGCGACGGGAGCCUGCACCUGGAGAGGGUUCGGCUGCAGGACGGGGGGGAUUACACCUGCAUGGCCUCCAACGUGGCUGGCACCAGCAACAAAACCACUGCUGUCAACGUGUACGUCCUGCCUGUCAUUCAGCAUGGACAGCAGAUAUUCAGCACCAUUGAAGGAAUCCCAGUGACACUGCCCUGCAAAGCAAGCGGAGUUCCCAAGCCAUCCAUUGCCUGGUCCAAGAAAGGAGAAGUGAUCCUUCCCAGCAAUGUGAGGUUCUCUGCAGGCUCUGAUGGCAGCCUGUCCGUGGUGUCCCCCGGGGGGGAGGACAGCGGGGAGUACACGUGCAGUGCCACCAACGCCGCCGGCCACGCCACGCGCAAGGUCCAGCUCACUGUCUAUGUGAAACCCAGAGUGUCCAGGCCUGGAGACCAGCAGGGAAAUGCACCCAUUGAGGUCUCAGUGACUGCAGGGGAAGAUGUCACACUGCCCUGUGAAGUGAAGAGUUUGCCACCCCCCAUCAUUAGCUGGGCCAGAGAAAUGCAGCUCAUAUCUCCCUUCUCUCCAAGACACACUUUCCUACCCUCGGGGUCAAUGAAGAUCAGCGAGACCCAAGUUUCAGACAGUGGAAUGUAUCUCUGUGUCGCCACAAAUAUUGCUGGGAACGUGACUCAGUCCGUGAGGCUCAGUGUACAUGAGUCUCCCAGUAUCGAGGACCUGGACCCUCCAUACAACAGUCCCUUCCAAGAGAGAGUGGCAAACCAGCGUGUGGCAUUCCCGUGCCCUGCUAGAGGUGUUCCAAAGCCUGCCAUCAGGUGGCUCCACAACGGGAGGGAGCUGACGGGCAGAGAGCCAGGCAUUGCCGUGCUGGAGGACGGGACGCUGCUGGUCAUCGCUGCUGUCACCCCCUCGCACAGCGGGGACUACGUGUGUGUGGCCACCAACGAGGCUGGGAGCGCUGAGAGGAAAUACAGCCUCAAAGUGAACGUUCCUCCUGAAAUUAGAGAUCAAGAAAAGGUGACAAACACAUCUGUGGUUGUUCAUCACCCUGUAAGUCUCUUCUGUGAAGUAACUGGUAACCCCUUCCCAGUCAUCUCCUGGUAUAAAGAAGAUAUCCAGGUUGUGGAAAGCAGUACUGUCCAGAUUUUGCACAAUGGGAAGAUACUGAAGCUCCUGAAAGCUGCUACUGAGGACGCUGGACAAUAUUCCUGCAAAGCCAUAAAUGUGGCAGGAAGUUCUGAGAAGCUGUUUAACCUAGAUAUACUAGUUCCCCCGAGCAUAAUAGGUACUGAUACCCCUGGGGAAGUUGCAGUCAUCCUCAACCAGGAAAUCAGCCUGGAAUGCAGAGCCAAAGGCUUCCCUGUUCCUGACAUUCACUGGUUCAAAGAUGGCAAGCCCUUGUUUCUGGGAGAUCCCAAUGUUGAGCUUCUGGACAGAGAUCAAGUUCUGCACAUCAGGAGUGUUCGAAGGGGUGACAAGGGGCGUUACCAGUGCAGUGCCACCAACACUGCUGGCAAACAAGUCAAGGAGGUCAAGCUCAUUGUCCACGUCCCUCCCAGUAUCAAAGGAGGGAACGUUACCACGGAGGUGUCGGCGCUGCUCAACAACCUCAUCAGCCUGGAAUGCGAGGCCAAGGGCAUCCCUGUCCCCACCAUCACCUGGUACAAGGAUGGGCACCCCCUUCUCUCCAACCCCCAGGCUCUGUACGUGGACAGGGGGCAGUUCCUGCAGAUCCCCCGUGCCCGGGUGUCGGACUCUGCCAGGUACACGUGUCGUGUGAGCAGCGCGGCCGGCGCGGCCGAGAAGGUGUUCCACGUGGAUGUGUACGUUCCUCCGGUGAUCGAGGGCGAUGCUGACACAGCCCAGAGCAGGCAGGUGGUUGCUGGGAAUUCCCUGACACUGGAGUGUAACGCUGCUGGCAACCCUCCCCCUCUCCUGACCUGGCUGAAGGAUGGGGUUCCCGUGCAGGCCAGCGACAGGCUCCGUGUCCUGGCUGCUGGGAAGAGGCUGGAGAUCCUCAACGCCGCCGAGGCCGACCGGGGCCACUACUGGUGUGUGGCCACAAGCAUAGCUGGGGAACAGGAAAUCAAGUAUGAAGUUGAAAUCUUAGUGCCACCACUUGUGGAAGGUGGGGAUGAGCUCUUGGACUACAUUGUGAUUCUCCACAGCCCUUUGGAGCUGGAUUGUACAGCAACAGGGACACCCUCACCAACUAUCACGUGGUUGAAAGAUGGUCAUCCAGUUGAAGAGGGAGCUGGGCACAAGAUCUUAUUAAAGGGACAGAAACUUGUCAUCUCUCAAGCUGAAGUGUCAGACACCGGCCACUAUAAAUGUGUGGCUGCAAAUAAGGCAGGAGAACAUGGGAAGGAAUUUGAUGUUACAGUGCAUGUUCCCCCAACCAUCAAAUCAACUGGGCCUUCUGAGAGAGCUGUUGUGAUCCACAAGCCUGUGACACUGCAGUGCAUAGCCAGUGGCAUUCCCAGCCCUUCCAUAACCUGGUUAAAAGAUGGACAGCCAGUAAACACAGCCAGAGGAAACCUCAGACUGGAGUCCUCAGGCCGUGCUCUGCAGGUGGGCAGGGCCCUGCCCCAGGAUGCUGCCCACUACACCUGCGUGGCCACCAACGCAGCCGGAGAGGCCCAGCAGCACGUCCGGCUCCACGUGCACGAACCACCUAGUCUGGAAGAUGCGGGAAAGAUGUUAAAUGAAACAGUGGUGGUGAACAACCCAAUCCAUCUUGAAUGCAGAGCUUCUGGGAACCCUCUGCCAGGUAUCCACGUGCACUUUGGGGAACAUCUGGAAUCAGCUUUAAACACAUCCCCUUUUAUCUCCUUCCCCCCCUCAAUCUCUGGCAGCAGUGACACGGUGACAGUGGUGGUCAAUAAUCUGGUAAGGCUGGAGUGUGAAGCCAGAGGCAUCCCUGCCCCCAUCCUGACCUGGCUCAAGGAUGGCAGCCCUGUGUCCAGCUUCAGCAACGGACUCCAGGUGCUGUCUGGGGGCCGGGUGCUGGCCCUGCCCAGCGCUCAGCUCAGUGACACCGGGACCUACACGUGUGUGGCCGUCAACGCCGCGGGCGAGAGCCAGAGGGACACCGAGCUGCGGGUGCUGGUGCCCCCGGACAUUGCGGGCGAGGAGCAGAACGUGUCGGUGCUGGCGAGCCAGGCCCUGGAGCUGCUGUGCCAGAGCAACGCCGUCCCCCCGCCCGUGCUCAGCUGGCUCAAGGACGGGCAGCCCCUGCUGCAGCAGCCGGGGCUGAGCAUCUCCGAGGAUGGCAGCGAGCUCAAGAUCGAAGGAGCUCAGGUGCAGGACGCGGGCCGGUACACCUGCCAAGCCACAAAUGUUGCUGGGAAGACCGAGAAGAACUAUAAUGUCAAUAUUUGGGUGUCCCCAAGUAUUUCUGGCUCAGAUGACAGCUCUCAGCUCACAGUCACUGAAGGGAGCAUGAUAAGCCUGAUCUGUGAGUCCAGUGGCAUCCCACCACCCAGUCUCACCUGGAAAAAGAACGGCUCUCCCCUAGUGCCGGAGCUGUCGGGAAGGGUGCGGGUGCUGUCUGGGGGCAGACAGCUCCAGAUUGCCAUUGCUGACAAGUCUGAUGCUGCAUCUUACACCUGCAUUGCUUCAAACGUGGCUGGGAGUGCCCAGAAGGAGUACAGCCUGCAGGUGCACAUUCGACCGACUAUCCUGAACAGUGGCCCCCACCCAUCGGAAGUGGUGGUCACGCAGGGCAGUGAAGUGUCCCUGGAGUGUGAGGUGCAGGGUGUCCCUGAGCCAGCAGUGACGUGGAUGAAGGAUGGGAGGCCCCUGGCUGGGGGGGACGUGCUGCUGCUCCGCGGGGGCCGCGUCCUGCGGCUGGAGCGCGCCCGCGUGUCCCACACCGGCCACUACCUCUGCGUGGCCUCCAACGUGGCGGGGCUGGCUGACAGCAAGUACCACCUCAGUGUGCAUGUUCCCCCAAGUAUUGCUGGUUACCUGCAGAUGCCUGAGAACAUCAGCAUUGUGGAGAAGAAUCCCAUCUCCCUGGUUUGUGAGGCCUCAGGAAUUCCCUUGCCAGCAAUAACGUGGCUCAAGGAUGGAUGGCCUGUCACCCUGAACAGCUCGGUGCGAAUCCUCUCAGGGGGCCGGACGCUGCGGCUGACGCACACGGGCGCGGGGGACGCGGGGCGCUACACGUGCCUGGUGACCAACGCCGCGGGGCGGCUCGCCAAGGACUUCCACCUCGCCGUCCUGGUGCCUCCAGGGAUCGUGGGGGAAAACAAACUGGAGGAUGUGAGAGUGAAAGAGAAGCACACAGUUACCCUGACGUGUGAAGUGACAGGGAGCCCAGUGCCACAGAUCAGCUGGCUGAAGGAUGGGCAGCCUGUGCCUGAGGAUGGAGAGCACAGGGCUCUGUCUGGGGGGCGUUUGCUGCAGAUCUCCAACGCCCAGGUCAGCGACUCCGGGCGAUACACGUGUGUGGCAUCCAACGCUGCCGGGGACAGGAGCAAAACCUACAGCCUGAACGUGCUGGUGGCUCCAAGCAUCGUGGGUGCAGACAGCCAAGGGAAUGCAGAAGGUGUCACCAUCAUGCUCAACAGCCCCAUCUCCCUGCUCUGUGAGGCUUAUUCCUACCCUCCAGCUACCAUCACCUGGCUGAAGGAUGGGAAUCCCUUAGAAUCCAACAGAAAUAUCCGCAUUCUGCCAGGUGGGAGAACCCUGCAGAUCCUGAGUGCCCAGGAGGACAGUGCUGGCACUUACACCUGUACAGCCAGCAACGAGGCUGGAGAGACCUCAAAGGACUAUGAAGUGAAAGUCUACAUUCCCCCCACCAUUACCAGAGGGGAUGUCUCAGGGACAGGGCUCUCCCCCAAGGAAGUGAAGAUCAAAGUGAACCACAGCCUGACCCUGGAGUGUGAAGCUCAGGCCGUUCCUGCUGCUGCCAUCAGCUGGUACAAGGAUGGACAGCCACUUAAGGCAGAUGACCAUGUCCUGAUCCAGGCCAGUGGCCAAACUCUGCACAUCAAGGAGGCCCAAGUGUCCGACACCGGGCGUUACACGUGUCUGGCGUCCAACAUUGCUGGGGAGGAUGAGCUGGAGUUUGAUGUCAAUAUACAAGUCCCUCCUAGUUUCCAAAAGCCUUACAGGGAAUGGGAAGCUGGGAACACGGUGGAUGGGGGAAGAGUUGGAGAAAGCAAAGAUGUGAUUGUGAACAACCCCCUCUCCCUGUACUGUGAGACCAACGCUGUCCCCCCUCCCGUGCUCACCUGGUACAAGGAUGGCUCUGCCCUGAGCUCCAGUGACAAAGUGCUCAUCCUGCCAGGAGGCCGAGUGCUGCAGAUCCCGCGGGCCCAGCCGGGUGAUGCCGGGACUUACACGUGUGUGGCGGAGAACGAGGCCGGGCAGGACUCCAUCCACUACCAUGUCCACGUGCUCUCUCCCCCGUCCAUCAGUGGAGCCGAGGGUGACCUGCCUGAGGAGGUGACUGUGCUCGUGAGCAGGGUGGCAGUGAUGGACUGUGUUCCCAGUGGGAGCCCCUCUCCAAGCAUCACCUGGCAGAAGGAUGGCCAGCUCCUGCCAGAAGAUGACAAACACACCUUUUUGUCUAGUGGAAGGAGGUUACAGAUUUUGAAUUCCCAAAUAGCAGAUACUGGCAGGUACAUCUGCAUUGCAGAAAACAUAGCUGGAAGUGCCAAGAAGUAUUUUAAUCUUAACGUUCAUGUUCCUCCAAGUGUUGUUGGUUCUAACCCUGAGAAUUUGACUGUGGUGGUGAAUAAUUUCAUCUCUUUGACCUGUGAGGUCACGGGCUUUCCACCUCCUGAUCUCAGCUGGCUCAAGAAUGGAAAACCUCUCAGUUCAAAUUCCAACACUUUCAUUGUGCCUGGUGCUCGGACGCUGCAGAUUCCCCGAGCCAGGCUACCAGAUGAUGGGGAAUAUACUUGCAUUGCCAGGAACCAAGCUGGGGAAAGCCAGAAGAAGAGUUUCCUAACUGUCCUUGUGCCCCCAAGCAUCAAGGACCACAGUGGAGCCUCCCUGACAGUGCUGAACGUGCGGGUGGGCACCCCGGUGACACUGGACUGUGAGUCCAAUGCCAUCCCACCCCCGGUCAUCACCUGGUACAAGAACAGGCUCAGCAUUUCCGAGUCUGCCCGCGUGGAGAUCUUGGCAGAUGGGCAAACGUUGCACGUCAAGGGUGCAGAGGUUUCUGACACAGGCCAGUACACGUGCAGAGCCAUAAAUAUUGCGGGGCGAGAUGAUAAAAAUUUCCAUCUUAAUGUUUAUGUGCCUCCAAGUAUUGAAGGCCCUGAACAAGAGUUGGUCAGUGAAUCUGUCAGUAAUCCUGUCACCUUUGUGUGUGAUGCCACUGGGAUUCCUCCACCAACAUUAGCGUGGCUUAAGAAUGGAAAACCAAUAGAAAACUCGGAUUCCCUUGACGUUCACAUUUUGUCUGGUGGAAGCAAACUUCAGAUCGCUCACUCCCAGCUCCUGGACAGCGGGACCUACACGUGUAUUGCCUCCAAUGUAGAGGGAGAAGCUCAGAAAACCUAUGUGCUUUCCAUCCAAGUUCCUCCCAACAUUGUUGGCUCUGAGAUGCCGAGUGAGGUCAGUGUCCUGCUGGGAGAGAGCAUCCAGCUGGUCUGCAGUGCCCAGGGAGUGCCCACACCCGACCUGCAAUGGCUUAAGGAUGGAAAAACAGUUGCCAGUGAUGAUUUACAAAGAAUAAGAGUGACUCCAGAUGGCAGCACAUUAAACAUUUCCAGAGCUCUCAGUUCGGACACAGGGAAAUACACUUGUGUAGCUACGAACCCUGCGGGAGAGGAGGACAGGAUCUUCAACCUGAAUGUCUAUGUGCCUCCAGCAAUAGCCAAUAGUAAAGCUGAAGCAGAGGAGCUCACUGCCCUUUUGGACACCUCCCUAAAUAUUGAAUGUACUGCUUCUGGGACCCCCCCACCACAGCUACACUGGCUGAAGAAUGGCCUUCCUCUGUCUGUCUCCUCUCAAAUCAGGCUGCUGUCAGCUGGGCAGGUUCUCAGACUUGCCCGAGUCCAGAUCUCUGAUACUGGUGUGUACACUUGUGUAGCAUCUAACAGGGCCGGAGUGGACAACAAACAUUACAACCUGCAAGUUUUUGUGCCACCGAGCCUGGACAACGCGGGGGGCACGGAGGAGGUGACGGUGCUGAGGGGCAGUGCUGCUGCCAUGGAGUGUCUCACUGAUGGCUCUCCUGCCCCCUCUGUGACCUGGUUUAAAGAUGGCCAUCCCCUGGGCCUGGGGGCUCACCUGACCUCCAGCAACCAGGGCAUGGUCCUUCACGUGGUGCAGGCAGAGCCCGGGGACACGGGCAGGUACACCUGUGUGGCCUCCAAUGCAGCCGGAGACACCAGCAAGCACUUCGGCCUCAGCGUGCUGGAGCCACCUCACAUCAAUGGUUCAGAUGAACCAGAAGAACUCUCUGUCGUCAUUAACAAUCCACUUGAACUUCUCUGCAUCUCCUCUGGUGUUCCAGUCCCCAAAAUCUCCUGGAUGAAGGAUGGACGCCCACUUCUGCAGACUGAUAAUGUUCAUGUGCUGAGAGAAGCCCUGAGAAUAACCAGCGCUCAGGUGGAGGACACAGGAAGAUACACGUGUUUGGCAUCGAGCCCAGCAGGGGAUGAUGAUAAGGAAUAUUUAGUGCGAGUGCAUGUUCCUCCCAACAUUGCUGGUACUGGUGGGCCCCAGGAUGUGAGUGUGCUGCAGAACAGACAGGUCAUUCUGGAGUGCAAGUCGGACGCUGUGCCCCCUCCCACCGUCUCGUGGCUGAAGAACGGAGUGCUCCUGGAGGGAACGCCGCGGGUCCGGAUCCUGUCAGGCGGGCGGUACCUGCAGAUCAACAAUGCUGACCUGGGGGACACAGCCAGUUACACCUGUGUGGCCAGGAACGUGGCAGGAGAGGUGACCAGGGAGUUCCUGCUCACAGUGCAUGUGGCUCCCACGAUCCGGAGUGGUCCCCAGACCGCCGUGGUGCACAUCAAUGCCUCUGCCCUUCUGGAGUGUGCUGCACGAGGGGUCCCAGCCCCCAGAGUCACCUGGAGGAAGGAUGGGGCUGUUUUUACUGGAAACAAUACAAGGUACUCCCUGUUGGAGGAUGGGUCCCUGCACAUCCCCUCAGCACAGGUUGCUGACACCGGCAGAUACGUGUGUAUGGCCACCAACAGCGCCGGCACCGAGCGCAGGAGGAUCGACCUGCAGGUCCUGGUUCCUCCAGCUAUUGCUCCUGGGCAGACGAAUAUCACAGUUACUGUGAAUGUGCAAACCACUCUGCCUUGUGAAACCACUGGAAUUCCCAGACCAGCAAUUAGCUGGAAGAAAAACGGGCACCUGCUUAGUGUUGACCAGAACCAGAAUACAUACAGACUUCUGUCUUCAGGUUCCUUAGUAAUCAUUUCUCCCACUGUGGAUGACACUGCUGUCUAUGAGUGCUCUGUGUCAAAUGAUGCAGGAGAAGAUCAAAGAGCAGUUGAGCUCACUGUUCAAGUGCCCCCAUCUAUAGCAGAUGAAGCCACAGACCUUCUGGUAACAAAGCUGUCCUCAGUCCUGAUUUCCUGCACUGCCUCUGGAGUUCCUGUCCCCUCGCUCCACUGGACCAAAAAUGGCAUAAAGCUGCUUCCCAGAGGAGAUGGGUACAGAAUUCUCUCCUCAGGAGCUGUGGAGGUGCCCUCUGCCCAGCUGGCCCACGCGGGCCGGUACACGUGCGUGGCCCGGAACGCCGCCGGCACUGCCCACAGGCACGUCACGCUGCACGUACAGGAGCCACCAGUUAUCCAGGCUCAGCCAGGGGCGCUGGAUGUCAUCAUGAACAACCCCAUCGUGCUGCCGUGUGAGGCCACGGGCACCCCUCAGCCCGUGAUCACGUGGCAAAAGGAGGGCAUCAACAUCAUCACCUCAGGCAACAGUUACAUGGUUCUUCCAAGUGGCAGUUUGCAGAUUGCCAGAACAGCUGUGGAAGAUGCUGGCACUUACAUGUGCAUUGCUCAGAAUCCAGCUGGCACUGCUCUGGGGAAGAUCAAACUGAAAGUUCAAGUUCCUCCUGUUAUCAAGUCCCACCCGAAGGAAUAUGUUGUUCCCGUUGAUCAGUCUGUCACUCUGCAGUGUGAGGCUGAGGGCUCCCCUGGGCCGGAGAUCAGCUGGCACAAGGAUGGGCAGCAGAUCCUGGAGUCGCUGAGGAGGAGGGUGCUGAGCACUGGUGCCCUGCAGAUCGUGUUUGUGCAGCCUGGGGACAGCGGCCGCUACACCUGCACAGCCACCAACGCGGCGGGGUCCAGCUCCUCCAGCACCCAGCUGGCUGUGCACAUUCCCCCCAGGAUCCGCAGCACGGACACACAGUACACGGUCACGGAGGACUCCCAGGCUGUCCUGUCCUGUGUGGCUGAUGGGAUUCCAGCACCAACAAUAAACUGGAAGAAGGACAACAUGCUGUUAACAGAGAUAGUGGGAAAAUACCAGACUGUGCCGGGUGGAGACCUCAUUUUGGACAAUGUUGUUCCUGAAGACUCUGGCAGUUACACCUGUGUGGCUGCCAAUGCUGCUGGGGAGGACACACACACGGUCACCCUGACAGUCCAUGUGCUGCCAGCCUUCACUGAACUGCCUGGAGACGUAGCUUUGACCAAAGGAGAACAGCUCAGGUUAACCUGCAAAGCAACUGGGAGACCUGUACCCAAAAUAACAUGGACCUUCAACAAUAACAUCAUUCCAGCUCAGUACGACGAUGUCAAUGGACACAGCGAGCUGCUCAUCGACAGGGUCUCCAAGGACGACUCUGGCACCUACGUGUGCACAGCAGAGAACACAGUGGGCUCCAUCAAAGCCAUUGGCUUUGUGUAUGUCAAAGAGCCCCCAGUGUUCAAGGGGGAUUUCCACUCCAGCCGAAUCGAGCCCUUGGGGGGCAAUGCCAUGUUGAACUGUGAGGUCAGGGGAGAUCCCCCUCCAACCAUCCAGUGGAGCAAGAAGGGAGUUGGGGUUCAGAUCAGCAACAGGAUCCGACAGCUUAUCAACGGUUCUCUCGCCAUCUACGGCACCGUGAACGACGAUGCUGGUGACUACAAGUGCGUGGCUACCAACGAGGCCGGGGUGGUGGAGCGCAGCCUGACCCUCACGCUGCAGAGCCCCCCGGUGAUCACCGUGGAGCCCGUGGGCACCGUUGUGGACGCCGGUGCCACGGCCCUGCUGCACUGCCAGGCCCGGGGGGAGCCUGCCCCUGCCAUCAGCUGGUCCCGGCAGGGCCAGCCCGUGGUGGGUGACGACAGGGUGGCCGUGCUGUCCAACGGGUCCCUGCGCGUGGCGGCCGCGCGGCGCGAGGACACGGCCCCGUACGAGUGCGUGGCCAGGAACCUCCUGGGGUCCGUCCUCGUCAGAGUGCCCCUCACCGUCCAGGUGCACGGAGGGUUCUCCCCCUGGCUGGAAUGGCGGGCGUGCAGCGUCACCUGUGGCCAGGGGGUGCAGGAGCGGGUCCGGCAGUGCAACAACCCCCUCCCGGCCAACGGGGGCAGGACCUGCGAGGGGCCCGUCACCGACGCGCGCAGCUGCCACAGCAGGCCCUGCCCAGUGGAUGGCAGCUGGUCGGAGUGGGGGCCGUGGGAAGAGUGUUCCAAGAGCUGUGGACAGGGCAACAGGACCAGGAGCAGGACCUGCAGUGCCCCCCCGGCCCAGCACGGGGGACAGCCCUGCAAGGGCAGUGCUGUGGAGUCAGUCAUGUGCAAUGUCAAGCCUUGCCCAGUGGAUGGGAAGUGGGCCCCCUGGAGCAGCUGGAGCGCCUGCAGCGUGUCCUGUGGCGGGGGCAGCAGGCAGAGGACGCGGCUCUGCUCGGACCCGGCCCCGCAGUUCGGGGGACACAAGUGUGAAGGGAGUGACGUUCAGAUGGAUUUCUGCAACAGCGAUCCCUGCCCCAUCCAUGGCAACUGGGGCCCGUGGGGCAGCUGGGUGGAUGGGAACUGGGGGCACUGGCAGCCGUGGAGCCCGUGCUCUGCCUCCUGUGGAGGGGGAGAGCAGAGCCGGGUACGCCUGUGCAGCAGCCCCGCCCCAUCGAACCGCGGCCGGCCCUGCCCCGGGGACUCCUCCCAGAUAUCCCGGUGCAACACCCAAGCGUGUCCUGGUGGGCCUGCCCGUGCCAAGGGCAGCAUCAUUGGCAACAUUAAUGAUGUGGAAUUUGGGAUUGCCUUCCUGAACGCCACGGUGACAGACAGCCCAGACUCUGACACCAGAGUCAUACAGGCAAAGAUCACAAACGUCCCUCGGAGCAUUGGCCCAGCCAUGAGAAAGCUCGUUUCCAUACUCAGCCCAGUUUAUUGGACAACUGCCAAAGAAAUUGGGGAAGCAAUGAACGGGUUCACGCUCACUGAUGCCGUCUUCAAGAGAGAAACUCAAGUGGAGUUUGCAACUGGUGAGAUCCUGCGGCUGACGCACGUCGCGCGGGGCCUGGACUCCGACGGGGCCCUGCUCCUGGACGUGGUUGUGAGCGGCCACGUGCUGCAGCUCCCGGCCCUGGCUGAUGUCAACGUGAAGGAUUACAGCGAGGACUACAUCCAGACUGGCCCGGGGCAACUGUACGCCCACUCCACCCGGCUCUUCACCAUGGAUGGAGUCAGCGUCCCCUACACCUGGAACCACACCGUCACCUACGACUACACCAAGGGCAAGAUGCCCUUCCUGGUGGAAACACUCCACGCUUCCUCCAUUGCAACGGAGUACAACCCACUGGAAGAAGCUGUGGCUUUCAAAAUCCAGGCUUCCAUUGCAAAAGGGGAUCGCAGCAACCAGUGCCCUGCUGGGUUUGGUUUGUACUCGUCUGGGCCUUACUGCUCAGAUGAAGAUGAAUGUGCUGUGGGAAAUCCUUGUUCCCAUACCUGUCAUAACACCGUGGGAUCCUACUACUGCUCCUGUCCCAAAGGCCUCACUAUCUCUGCUGAUGGGAGGACGUGUCAGGACAUCGAUGAGUGUGCGCUGGGAGGGCACAGCUGCCACCCUGGCCAGGACUGUGAGAACGUCAUGGGCUCCUUCCGCUGCCUGGUCCGGUGUGGGAGCGGCUUCCGCAGAACGGCCGACGGCUUCGGCUGCCAGGAUGUUAACGAGUGCCAAGAGUCCAACUCCUGCCAUCAGCGUUGCUUCAACACCAUAGGAAGUUUCCACUGUGGCUGUGACCCAGGAUUCCAGCUGAAGGGCAGAAAAUGCGUGGAUGUUAAUGAGUGCAGGCAGAACGUGUGCAGGCCUGAUCAGCUCUGCAAGAACACCCGUGGUGGCUACAAGUGCAUCGACCUGUGUCCCAGUGGAAUGACCAAAGCAGAGAAUGGGACCUGCAUUGAUGUGGACGAGUGCCGUGCCGGGACGCACCAGUGCCGCGCGCCCCAGCUGUGCGAGAACACGCGGGGCAGUUACCGCUGCCUGUGCCCGCGGGGCUUCCGGGCACAGGGCAUGGGCAGGCCCUGUGUGGACAUUAAUGAAUGUGAACAAGUGCCUAAACCCUGUGCCUUUCAAUGCACCAACACCCCCGGCAGCUUCAAGUGUCUCUGUGCACCUGGGCAGCAGUUGCUGGGUGACGGGAAAUCUUGCGCCGGCUUGGAGAGGCUGCCAAGUUCUGGGGCCUAUUACAGUAGCUAUAACUAUGCUCAGUUCUCCCCUGGGAGAGACAACCAGCAACAGCAGCACUAUUACAGGCACUCCUCAAAUCUCUACAGCUCCUUCUCAGAGUAUAGGAACAGCAGAAUACCUUUCUCCAGGACUAGAAGGAACAUUAGAGAAACUUGUCCUGAAGGCUAUGAGGCAAGAAAUGGCAGAUGUGUAGACAUCGAUGAAUGUGAGAGCAGGGACACCUGUCAGCACGAGUGCAGGAACACCCUGGGCAGCUUCCAGUGUGCCUGUCCCUCGGGAUAUCGCCUCAUGGCCAACGGCAAAACCUGCCAAGAUAUUGAUGAGUGCCUGGAACAGAACAUUAAUUGUGGAUCCAAUCAGAUGUGUUUCAACAUGAGAGGAAGCUACCAAUGCAUAGACACACCUUGUCCACCCAACUACCAGCGAGAGCCACUUUCUGGGUACCGCAUGGGCGUGAGGGCCCUGUCCUACGGCGCCGACGGCAGCCUCGAGUACCAGACCACCUUCAUCGUGUACAUCGCCGUGUCCGCCUACCCCUACUGACACACCCUGCCAUCUCACAGGGGGGCCACGCUCUGCUCCUUCCCCAGCCUGCCUCCCCAGGCCCACUGUUCCAGUUCAAGAGGAAAAUCCGUGGCUUUGAGGACCUGUUACCACUUGCUUUAUUUAUUACACUGGAGUAGUUAUUUUCCACAGUACGUUCUGAAAACCAGCAGGGAAAAUCCACGUGGUCAAAGCAGUAAGGAAGGAGCAGCCUCCAUUGAAAGCAACUGAAGAAAAGCCUGACCAGAAGAAAACAAGUGGUCUGCAUAUUUUAAAGGUUUUAAAGGUUGCAAAGUGUUUUACCAUUUUAUAUCUAUUAGGUUUUUUCCUUCUCAACACCCAAUAGAAUUAGUACAAGUGCUGUACUGUGUUGUGUGCUUAAAACCACCCAAUGCCACCGUGCCCAGGGAUUGCAAACGCUGAAACAAAUGAUACUAAAGUCUGUUUUCAGCCAACAAAUUACAGGAGAGUUGGAACUGGUACCUUUGGGUUCCAUGCAAGUGUAGAGAUGUCACUAUUUUUUGGAAGAAAAAACCAACAUGGCUACUUGUACUUUAUCCAGCAGGUAUUUUAUAAGUUGUUUUUACUCUGCCAUUCUGGUAUAGCCAUUUAUUUAACCCAUUGCAGUACUCCCAACUCAGUCAAGGUGCUGGGUUUUUACGCACAUGGAACAUUUUUCUCCCAAGGUGGUGUAAGUUUGGUUCAAUAAUGUCAAUACACUGUACACAGGUAAUUUUGCCAAGAUGUAUUCUAUUUUUAUGGACGUGUAUAUAUGUGUUUUUUCCUAUGUGUAUUUUCUAUGCAGUAUCUCAAGAGUGUUUUUCAGUUAAGUUUGCAUAAAAGGACAAUGUCAGUGCAAUGAAAAUAAUCAAAAUAAAGGUUCCCAUUACCUUUG